UUAGUUCGUGAGGAUAAUAAGCCACGAGCUGAACAAACGUUGCCGGCAUUCUUUGAGAUCAGAACGUCCAAAAUACCAAAAGCCGGAUUGGGCGUAUUCGCUAAAAUGGACAUCCCUACUGGACUUGUCUUUGGUCCUUAUCAAGGUAAAGCGGAUCAGCAUGGAUAUGCAUGGGAGAUACGAAUAGCUGGUGCACUGCCUCAGUAUAUCGAUGGAUCAGAUCAGAACUAUUCGAAUUGGAUGCGUUUCAUCAAUAGUUCACGGUUUGAAAAUGAACAAAAUUUAAUAGCGUUCCAGUACAAUGGUUGUGUAUAUUAUCGUGUAUUUCGACCGAUAAGUGAAGGCGUUGAACUUCUUGGUAUCAAUUUUUUCUGUUAA